ACCCUAUGGAGGCGGACAGCUUCCCUGGCCUGCAACCUCCAACAGUCUCAGCAAGCCACCGGCCACGGAGAACAAGAACAAAAAGAAAUGGCUGCGAUGGGCCAUUCCGCUGGCUGUGGUGGCUAUCGCCAUCACCAUCCUGGGUGCCUGUCUGGGCACUCAGCUGAACAAGCACCCAACGGCGAUGCCUAUGCGCCUGGGUAAUGGAACCAGACUAACCCCUCUCCCCAUGACCACGGGCGAAGAAUGCAUCACCCUGCACGGAAUAACAUACACCUUCUACGGCUACCCCGACAACGACCCGCCCGGCGCCGCAAUCGCCUACGACUGCCCCAACCGCAGCGGAAGCGGCACCGCCGGCGGGACAGGCACGUACGACGACCCGCUGACCUUCGCGACGGCGCCGGGCGAAUUCGAGCUGUGCGAGGUCAUCUACUCGCCCUACCUGCAGAAGUACCUCAUCCACGAGGACUACUGCGAGAGCUGCACGCGGCACUGGCCGCACAUGUGGCAUGUGGACGUGUGGUUGGGCGGGGACUCGGUGGGCGCGGCGGCGGAGCAGUUGAGUUGUGAGGCGCGGCUGACGCCCGAGGUGGAGAGUCAGAGUGUCGUGCGGUGGCCGGGGAGGGAUUUGGUGGUUGAUGGCACUACGUUUUACGCAGGUGGGUAUUCCGCCUGUGGCGUUGAGCAUGUCUACCAUGCGGCUGGGGCGGGGGAUUACUGUUGAGGAGGAUUCCCUAGCGACAACCGACAAGGACGGGGUCUGGACCAGGGAACAGGCCCGACAAUGGGGAUGUGGAUCGGCGGUUGGCUCAGGGUUCUGUUUCUGGGGGACACUUUGUUCGCCUCGUGUCUUGCGGGGUUGUCGCUGGUGGCGCCGAACUGGGUGCCUGUCCAUCAGGUUUUGUGAGUCUUGCUCGUGAUCGCAGUGAUGCCCUUGCUUUUGGGGGGCGUUUAGUAUCCCGAGUUGCUUGGGGUCAUGUUUUGAUCGCUCUGGGAGACUUGCUUUGCUCUAUGUUUAUUCGGGUGUUUGCAUUGAGCGUUAUUGUUGCGUUCUUGCGUUCUUGCGUCGUUGGGCUUUUGUGGUUUUGCGCCGUUGUGUUUAGC